GGUGCAAUAAUAUAUUAAACUGUAUUGAAAUCCGUUUACAGAGUGAUAAAAAAUUAAAUUAAUUUCUAGUUGAAUCAAAACUUGAAAUGAAAUGGAGAAUGUAGAAAUAAAAAAUGGCUGUACUUCAUCGCAGCCUGAGAUUGUCAAGAAUACAAGCCAGAAAAAGGAUCCUACACCCUCAACUUCCAGUUCAUCGAGGCCUAAAACUAGUUUUAGUCUCACCUCCAACAGCUGGAAGUCAAUGAAGUUAAUGUUGGGUGACAAAAUUUCUGCCUAUGUGUUUGCUCUUCGCCCUUGGUCUUUUAGUGCGUCACUCACCCCUGUGUUCCUGGGCUGUGCUCUUGCUCACAAAGUACAGCCAGCUUCACUAAUUGCUUUGUUCCUCACAGCCUUGUCAGCUCUCUCAGUGCAUGCUGCAGGCAAUGUGGUCAAUACCUAUUUUGAUUAUGUCAAAGGAAUUGAUAGCAAGAAAAGUGAUGAUAGAACUCUAGUGGAUAAGAUACUCUCUAAAGAUGAAGUGGUAACAUUAGGUGCGUUACUCUACCUCAUUGGAUGUGCCAGUUUUGUGUUACUAACCAUGUUAUCACCUGCAAGAUUUGAACAUCUGGCACUUGUGUUUUUUGGGGGAAUGUCAAGCUCUUUUCUGUACACUGGAGGUGUUGGAUUCAAGUACAUUGGUUUAGGAGAUGUCUUGAUAAUAAUUAUCUUUGGUCCAAUCUCAGUGCUCUUUUCCUACAUGGUUCAAACUGGCCACAUUCAGUGGUCAACAAUCAUCUACGCCCUCCCAUUGGCUCUUAAUGCUGAGGCCAUUCUUCACUCCAACAACACAAGAGACAUGGAAUCAGACAAGCAAGUUGGGAUUGUGACGCUUGCUAUUCUCUUGGGCAGAAGUGCCUCUGAAGUGCUCUUUGCAUUUUUCCUCUUCAUCCCUUAUAUCAUGUUUGCAGUUUGGUGUCUCAAGUAUUCACUGUGGCUUGGGCUCCCUCUUUUGACCAUAUCAGAAGCAUUCAAAAUAGAGAAGCAUUUCCGAGUGGAUAAGCUACUCAUUCCCAAAUGGACUGCUCGUCUAAAUUUCUAUCUGGGAUUUUUGUACGUUUUUGGAUGUGCACUCACAAGCUCCAGCAAACUUCCUCUGUAACCUUGUGUAAUUGGUAGCAAAUUUUUACAUAUCAUGAACUGUUUGCCUAUAUUAUUAUUUUACCUCUAAAAUAUAUUAGUUAGUGCAGUGUAG